UGAGACCUUUAUUUGCAGUUUGCGUUUCCGCCAGCAGCCGGAAGGAGGAGCCAAGUUUGAAAACUGUAUGGCGGCAGUUCGCUUGUCUGAGUGUAGCCAGGCAGAAGAUGGACACGUCGAGCCGCUUUUUCGCCAAGUUGCGGAGUCUGGCUGUGUUCUUAGACACUGAAAGAGCCAAUCUGGAACAAGCUGCGAGCCAAAACCUGGACCUGGACGAUGAUGUUACAGAAAGUGGCGCAGUCCAAGCCCUACAUGAGCUCCAUUCUGAAGUUAGAGGACUUAAGAAACAGGUCCAAAGCCAAGUGGCAUCUCAGGAGGAUGGGAGUACUGAGCUGAGGAGCUUCAUUAAAGCCUGCAUGGUGCUGAAACAGCGGACUACAGAGGACAUUGACAGAAUUCAGAGACACUAUGAAAAAUAUGGCUAUAAAACACAGAAAGCCUCCCUGAAGCCAGAGGUGAAUUGCAAAGGUGAGGCAGAUGCAAGAUCUGUAGAUGAUGAGCCUGAGGAAGAGCCAUCUGAGGAGACAGCAGGAGAUGAAGAGGAGCCGGAUGAAGCGCCAGAGUGUGAAACACCUGAGAAGAUGCCACCUCCAGCUGUUGACCCCAUGCGCACUCCACAGCUCUCAGAUUUCGGCCUGUCUGCACUUCACCUGCAGAUGGUGCUUGGCAAUCCAGAAAUGUCUCAAGAUGUAGCUCCUGUUCCAGCUGUGGCUCUCACGCCACCAUCGCUUACCAUGACAAUGCAGGAAUCCCAGCCAAAGACACCCAAGUGCUCUCUGCGUAUGGACGAGGAGGCCCUGACCCCUCGACUGGAAGACUUUGGUAUCACAGAGAGCACAAUGUGUUUUAAUAAUGAUUUCACUAUGGACCUGUUUCGCAAGAAACCACCGAAAGACAGGCAGACUAACAGCACAACCCAAGAGACCGCUCAGAGACCACCACACAGCCAGCCUACAGCUCCAUCUUGUGUCUCUCUUGGGAGGCUUUCUCGUGACAGUAUGGAGUCCCCAGAGGUGCCUGUGUUUUCUACUCUGGAGAUUAAGAUGAAUAAACAACUGGGUCAGUCAUGUUCUCUGCCAAACAAAGUGAGUGAUCCUGAUUCCCCCUCUCGGCCGAGUGCUGCCGCUGCUACACCUGAACUCCCUAUGUUUGAGACACCUUACAUCAGCAAGCUCAUCAGUGCCAGAAAGGAGACCAAACAGAAUGAAGGGGAGGGUCUCACAGGCUCACUGAAGAGCACGUCCUACCCUGCUGAAGGCCCAUCUGUCACAGCUCCCUCAUCUGAGAUGCCACAAAUGCCAGUCAGCCUUUCUCAGUUGGAGGAGACCACACCCGAAAUGCCAAGACUGCAGUCCUUUUUUAGCAGCACUUUACCUUGUAUAGGGGCGGGUAGUCGGUCAGCAGUGACUGAGCCUCCCGGUCCUCUGCUGCAAGCUGAUGAACACACUCAGGACUGGUGUCUGGCCACACCACGCAUCCGCAUGGAGUUUGAUGUUGAGCCACGCACACCUGAGAUGCCUGAUAUGAGCUCCAUCACACAGGAUAUCUUUAAACUUGUGGCUCAGGCUAAUAAUAAACAAACCACCACUACAUCAGUACACACAAGCUCAAAAGCUAGUUUGAACACACUGGCCCCUGGGAAGGAGAACAGAGCUCAGAGUGUUGCUCAGGUAUCUGAAAAAGAGUUUCAUGGACUGGCAUCUUACAUGAAACAGAUCCCCCUCACCAGUCUCAACUUAGCACUCAACAAAAUCAACCAAGUACUUGAGAAGCGGCGCACAGACGGUGAGCCAAACUCUGAAGAAUUUCAUAUGGAAGAUUUGAGGAAGAUAUUGGAUGUGGGGCCUCAGGCUCCCAUGUACAUCUUGUGUCUCGUUGAGCUGAAAAGGUUGGAGAAUGUGCAGGGAUUUGGAAGAAAUGCAAGUUUUAAGAUCCUAACCAAGGCAUAAAAAGACAAUUGCUUUAAGACCUUUCUGUACAUACAUACAUAAAUACAUUUCAUUUCUGUGCAUACAUACAGAUUUUUUUUUUUUGCUGGAAGAUUUGGGUUUUUUUUUUUUUGCUCACACAGAUUUGGGUUUGCACUCGUAACGUGCUUUGCCACGUAAACAGAAUAUGAUGCAGAAUUCUCAUAUCUUUACACCCCAUCCAACUGUUUUUCUGCUUCAGUACCAGAUGUUGUAGUUUUUAAUUAUUUGGAGUAUAUUUUGUAGCAAAUGUUUAUUAUGCUGAUAUUAAAUUUGUGUGAUUGUGUGUAUA